AUGCCUUCCUUCACCAAGUUGGCGCUCUCCGCUCUUGCGGCCACCGCAGCCCUGGCAGCACCAGCAGGUAUCAAUGAUUUCUCCUGCAAGAGCGACCACAACCCAGUCGUCCUCCUACAUGGCCUGGGUGCAACCUACUACGAGGACCUGAACUUUAUGCAAUACUGGCUACAAACCAAAGGCUACUGCACAUACGCCAUCACCUACGGCGCGCAUGACGGGUUCCCCUUGCUGGGCGGUCUGCGCGCAAUCAGCGAGAGCGCGCCGGAGAUCGCGACCUACAUCAAAGACAUCCUUCAAAAGACCGGCAAAUCCAAAGUCGACCUAGUUGGCCACUCAGAGGGCGCGUUCCAAGCGCUGUACGUGCCCAAAUUCGAGGGCGUCUCCCACCUCGUCGACAAGAUCGCGGCCAUCGCACCACCCACGAACGGGACUACCUUCGCCAACCUCUACAAGCUCGCCUACUUGUUCGGCGACAAGUCGCGUGACGCUGUCGGUAAAAUCCUGGAUACCUUGGGCUGCCCUGCCUGCGAUGAUCUCGGUACAGAUGGCGCUGCUGUUGAGCGGUUGAAUGAUGGCAAGCCGAUUGUGCAGCCCGGGAAUAGGGUUACCAUCAUUGCGUCCAAGUACGACGAGCUGGUUACUCCUGCAAAGACGGCUUUUGUUCACGAGGAGGGUGUAACGAAUCGCUGGAUUCAAGACGUUUGUCCUUUCGAUCCUGUGGGUCACAUUGGUGAGGCUUAUGAUUUGAAUGUCUGGAAUUUGGUCCUAAAUGUGCUGCGCGAGACCCCGGAUCAGAAGUUUAUAUGUCUGAUCGGUUCACCGGGUAAAUAG